UGGCUGGAAAGACUCAAAGAGCAAGGCCAGACUGGGCUCCACCUGGGUUUCACCCUGCCUGGCUGAGCACUUACCUUUUCUGCGCCUCAGUCGCCUUACCGGUAAAAUGGGCUUUAAGAACUCACACUGCCUAGAAAAAAAGCCUGGCACAUAAGAAGUCCCCAGUCUUGCUGUCUCUGUUACUGUUAAGGUGGGAAGAGGAGGGUUCCGAGCAGGGAGCUCCACCCCAGGAGGCAGUAGGGGGCAUGCUAGAGUGAAAGGCGGUGAAGGGUGGAAGCAUGAGGGGAGGGAAGAGGAGCGGGCGCGUGGUGCCUGUGGCUUCUUCACAUUCAAGAGGAUAAGAGAGCUGGACAGGUUGGUGGCUACAGAGCAGGUGCAAGGCAAGGUCUUCUGGAGUCAGUAGUGGCCCAUCCAGAUAGCUGCAGAGGGUCCUUUUAGAGGGCAGAGGGGAUGAGGCAGAUGUAUGGGCAGCCUCGGGGUGGGACUUGUUGCUGGAAUAGGAGGUUUGGUCGUUUUGGCCCUUUGCUGCAGGCCUUUGAGAAGAGCUGUGAUAAGUGCAACUGCGUUGUAUCCAGAGCCUGGAUCUGAGUGCAGGGGCAGAGGGGCUGUGCGAAAAAUCGAAGAGGGAUUCGAGGGCACGUCUCUCAUGGAUGGAUCAGGUGGCCAUGCCUGGGGGCCAGAAGCUUUGCCUACCAGCCCACCUCUCCAAAUUCGCCCUGCCCUGACGCAGCCUGAAUUGAGAGGGGACCAGUGGGUCUCCCUGCUUCUCAGAUGCUGAGAAGAGUUCCUUGCAGUGUCCCCCAGGGUGCGUGACCUCAGGAGGAGGCCUUGCAAAGACCUGAAUGAAAGGCCCUGUGGCAUCGCAGGGGCUCACAUCUGUGGGUAUGGUUACCACAAAGAUUGGGAGGUGGGCAAUAGGGCAGGAGGGGAGGACACCCCAAACCUGGCCUUGACUUAGCCAGACUGAUGACAGAAACAGUGACAGCCUGGAUGUCCAUGGGCCAGCCUUGCCCAGGUUGAUGGCUCAGUCAUUUGAGAGGAGAGACACAGCCUGUGAACCGUUAGGAGUGAAUGUUUAGUGGAGAGCAUGGUGUUUCGAAAGGGCUUGGCACGUUUUCUGAAUGCUUCUGGCUGCUUGCCGGGCUCUGAGCUUCCUGUUCAUAGUUCCCCACAUGUGUCACUGCUGAGGAUUAAAGCUCUUACAGGCGUCACCCGGAGCCCACUUUCUCUUCUCACAGACUCAGCACAGCUGGGACGGCUGACAAGAUGUGAGGCAUCAGGCUUGUGCUUCACCCUCAAAGCUCUUUGGAAAAAGAAAAGAGCCGUUAGCAGCUCUAUCCAGGGCUGUCUUCAAAAUGCACUUUUGUUUUUAAUAAGCACGGUCAACUCAGCUGGCUUCGCUUGGGGGGAGAAAUCCUGCCGGCUUCCCUGUGUUACCACCUCCCGUGGGGCCAGCCAGUCCCAAAGGCUCCAACCAUGAGAAAAAGAGACGGUGGAUGCAUUCCUUCAAGAUGGUGACACCCUCCUGAGAAGCAGGGCCACUUCCUGCAGGAAGGGACCUCUGCAGUGACUGGGCUGUUUCACCCCAGGGGCCUGCCGGCCUUUUCCUCAUCAACAGCUGAAGUCCUUCAACCUGUUUCAGGCACCCUUCAGAGAUAUUGCGAGUUUGGUUCCAGACCACCGUGGUCAAGCUUGUAUUGCAAGAAAGAGAAUAUGAAAGUAUUACUCAGGCUUGCCUGUUUCAUAGUUGUACUGAUGUCUUCUCUGGAGGCUGAUAAAUGUGAGGAGCGUGAAGAUGAAAUAAUUUUAGUUUCUACUGCACAUGAAAUUGAUGUUCGUUCAUGUCCUAUUAUCACAAGUGAAAAUAAAGGCCCUAUAAUUUGGUAUACAAAUGAUGGUGAGACACCUAUAUCUAUGAAAAGAGACUCCAGGAUUCAUCAGCAUAAAGAUAAACUUUGGUUUGUUCCUGCUAAGGUAGAGGAUUCAGGAGAUUACUAUUGUGCAGUGAGAAAUUCAACUUACUGCCUCAAAAUUAAAUUAGCUGCAAAGUUUAUAGAGCAUGAGCCUAACUUGUGUUACAACGCACAAGCUGUAUUUACACAGAGACUACCGGUUGCAGGAGAUGGACAACUUGUAUGUCCUUAUUUGGAGUUUUUAGAAGAUGAAAACAAUGAAUUACCCAAAAUACAGUGGUAUAAGGAUUGCAAACCUCUCCUUCUUGACAAUGUAAACUUCACUGGAAUAACAAAUACACUCAUCAUAGCAAAUGUGACCACCGCACACAAUGGGCACUAUACCUGCCGUGCAUCCUAUACACACUUGGGAGAGGAGUAUCCUGUCUCCCGGGUGAUAAAACUGAUUACUAUAGUGAAACACAGGAUCACGACACCUGAAAUUGUCAGUCCAGCCAAUGAGACGAUGGAAGUGAUCUUGGGAUCUCAGCUCCAAUUGAUCUGCAAUGUGACUGGCCGGGUGAGUGACUUUGUCUACUGGAAGUGGAAUGGAUCAAUAGUUGAUGAAAAAGACCCAGUGCUGAAGGAAGAUUUCACACAACUGGAGAAUCCUUUAAACAAAAGAAGGAGUACAGUCCUCGCAACACUUAAUAUUUCAGUAGUCGAAAGUAAAUUUUUUCUACAUCCAUUCAUCUGUUUAGCCAAGAAUACGUAUGGAACGAGGACAGCAUAUAUCCAAUUAAUACAUCCAGUCCCUGAUUUCCACAAGCCCAUGAUUGGUAUACUUGUCAUGGUAACACUGCUAAUUACAUGCUCUGUUUUCAUCUAUAAAGUCUUCAAGAUUGACAUUGUGCUCUUGUACAGAGAGACCUGCUAUGAUUUUCUCCCGAAAAAAGCUUCAGAUGGAAAGACAUAUGAUGCAUACAUACUAUGUCCAAAGACCCCUGGUGACGGGUCCACCUCUAACUCAGAUAUUUUUGUGUUUAAAGUCUUGCCUGAGGUCUUGGAAAAACAGUGUGGAUAUAAGCUGUUUAUCUGUGGCAGGGACGACUACGUUGGGGAAAGCAUUGCUGAGGUUACUAAUGAAAACAUAAAGAAAAGCAGAAGACUGAUUGUGAUUUUGGUCCGAGAAACAUCAGAAUUCAGGUGGCUGGGGAAUUCAUCUCAAGAGCAGAUAGCUAUGUACAAUGCUCUCAUUCAGGAAGGAAUUAAAGUUGUCCUGCUGGAGCUGGAGAAAAUCCAAGACUAUGAGAAAAUGCCAGAAUCCAUAAAAUUCAUCAAGCAGAAACAGGGGGUCAUACGCUGGUCAGGGGACAUGACAGAGGGGGCACAGUCUGUGAACACGAGGUUCUGGAAGAAGCUCAGGUACCACAUGCCAGCCCAACGACAGCCACCUUCAUCCCAGCACCAGCUGCUGACCCCAGCCACUCAGCCGGACUUUAUGGAGAAACAGCCAAGGGAGGUCCAUGUGCCUCUCUGAUAGUAGGGAAGCUUGGCCAAGAGUUCCUUGGUGACUCCUGUCUUUGGGCAUUGUGGGCUGAACCAAAUGUCGCUGACUUGUAAAGUCAUACCACAUACCUGGAGAGUCCUUAUCCUUAAGGUCAUCUGGAAUCGGACAUAUUAAUGGAACAGGAUGUGGUGACAAUAGCAGGCCAGGGCAAUUCAGGGCAGAAAGCCUAGGAAGUGCAUUAAAAAGGCAAAAAAUGCCCUGUCUGAAUGUUUGAACUACUGGGAAAAGGAACUGGGGCAGAAAACAAGAGGAAUGAACAUGCAGAAAAUAUUCACCACCUAUAGACAGCUUUAGGAAGUCACCCUGGGAAGUCACACCUGAGGGCAGGGCUGUGACCCAGUCUGGGGAUGGGCAGGGUCACUGGCCUUAAAGUGGCUUUGCUGGGCAUUGCUUCAGGCAGAGUGAGACUAAUACUGCCUGGAGGAAAGUAGAAGCAUUCUUGGAGAAUUUUCCAUUUGCCUUGUGUUUUCCAUACCCCUCAACAAUGGGCAGUCAUGUUCCAAAAAUGGGAUUUCAUUUCACAGACCGUUAAAACUGUCAUUUUCAUGAACAAAGGGGUUCUCUAGGAUGCUAAAGUUUGGAAGUAACUGUAGCUUUCUGCAGGAAAGAGUGAAUUUCGAGAGCAAGAGUAGCAGAGAAUUUGAUGUACUCUUAAUGCUUUCCCCUGGAAGAACCAUUUGGUUCCACCUUAUUCUUCAGCAUUUUACUUGACUCGUCAGUUCUCUGGAAGGACAACUUCUAAGUCACCUCCUCUUUAUACCAUCACACAUAUGGUCCACAGAUUGACCAUCCCUCCUAUGACGCUGCUCUGAUUGCAUCCUGCUUUUUCUAGAACACCUCCACAAGUUUCUCCGGCUCAGGAGCUAAAGCCCAUGCUCCACCACCUUUUCCCAUGUUCUCCCACUAGCAUUUCACCACCGCCUCACACCCCCAAUCCACCCAUGCAGUUGGCCUCUCUCAGUUCUGCCAUGUGAAUCCCGAAGUUGUGUACCUCACACCUUCCCCCCAGAGCCCUUUCAUAUCUGCUGCUUCUUCCUGCCUCCUUUGACCAGAAAUCCUCCUCUCAUUUUCUCCACCUGACCAAAAUUUUACCCCAGCUCACCUUCCCUGAGAAACUGCCCUGAGGCACCUGUUCUUCUCAGUCUGAUAGUACUUACUCUUGGCUGUCACUUUAUGAGAAGUUUGUUCUGUCUCCAGUUAGGAGACCUGCUCUCUGCAGGAGAGGCAUGGGGGUGUCUCUUUGUUGGAGGUGCCUUCAGAAGUAAUUUGCACAUGUAACACAUUUUAUUGUUUAAAAAUGUCCAUGGAUUAUCUUAAAUUUUUCAAAACCUUUUGUAAGCUCUUCCUUUCAGAUCUUCCCCAUGAAUUACAUUUUUACUGCAUUAUCUGAUGGUAAUUUUUUGGGGUCUAAGUGUUUAGGAAAAGUUUAUGAAUACAAUGAAGUGUUUCACUUUGAGUUGUUAAAACUGGCUUAUUGGAGUUUUUUCCUCCUUCUGCCUCUGUUUUGUUUUAUGAAAGAAAGGGUAUUGAGCCAUUUUUUUCAAUGACAUUUUUGAUAAAUUAUAUUUGUACUGGUUAAUGAUGAAGGGUUUUUUAAAAACUUGUUUGUAUAAUUCUGCAGCAGAAUAUUUUUGUAUCGUAAAGACACCAGAUUCAUGUACAGCACGUAUCAUUGAUCAAGGGACUGUACUUAUUUUCCAAUAAAACUGUCAAAACCUGGU